UGAAUGGGCUUUCUCCUUUGACCCUUUGGGUUCAGUUAAGGCCCAAUUAUAAGCCCGCAAGCAAACCAAGAAAGAAGCUCCUAAGUAUUUUCACCGGGCGACGAAGCGAAAAUUGAAGAGGUGGUGAUUCGAAGGAAGGAAGUGAAGCUGAAGCCGGAAGAUGCUGAGAAUCUGCAGCAAGCUCCGCUCUUUAGCGGCGCAAUCCUCUAAUCGAUCUCCAAUCUUCCUACCCUCUUCUUCCCGUCGCCUUAUUCUCCACUCUUCUCCAUUGAUUUCAUGUAAAGGCCAGCCACUCCAUUCCGCCGCUGCUUCUACUGCUUGGAGUCUUUGUGGGCAGCUCCUCAAUGCGUCUAAAUCGUCCCCUGUGUUGCCGUCUCAAUCUGUCUCAUCGCCUUUCUCUUUGGUGGGUGUCCGAGGUGUUUCAUCGAGGGAGCGGAAGAAGAGGAGGAAGCCCAUGACACCAGUCACCUCCAAAGUUAAGAAGAUAAAAAUGAAGGGCUACUCUUCCUUCAAGGGAAGAUUUCGUACCCUGAAUGAUGGGACUAUCCGGCGAUGGCACGAGGGUAAGAGGCACAAUGCACACUUGAAGUCGAGCAAAGCAAAGCGCAGGCUUAGAAAGCCCGCUAUAGUGCCAGCAGCUUAUGCAAAGGUCAUGAAGAAGCUUAAUUUCUGUGCAUGAAGUGAAGCAUGCAUCUUCUCUAUUCAACCAAUUUGGAUUCAGCCAUGGGCUGGGAGCGCUUGGAGUUUCGCUACGAAUGUAACACUGGUGGCGAUCUCAUAGUUCCCUCUCGAACUUUGUACUUCUGUUGGUUGACGAAGAUUCGACAAUUUCCCAGUUUACACUUUGCUAGGUCAACGGUGCUCGUUGCAAUCUGGAAUACAUAUUUGUUCAGAUUCCUCCCCGUCAGCGUUGAGAAAUAGUGACAAGUAGUAUAUCUUAAAUCUUUCAUUUGCCUAGCUUGGUGGAGCUGUUACUGUCUUUAUUUUUCUGUUUUGCCUGUAAUUUUGUCACCAAGGUAGACUCAGUUAUCUCAUUUCCUAGAAAAAGAGGGUGUUCAGAGUCGAAAAAUUCAGAACCCGAAACA